AUGGCAGGAAUUAAGAAAUCUGGUGUUUCUUCUGUUUACUAUACUUCAGCUGCAUUGUUUCUCAUGCUGAUGACUUUAGGAGCUGAAAUCAAGUCAGUUCGAUCACAGUCUUGCCUCCAGGAUAUUACUAAUCUCAACGUAUGCGCACCAUUUGUUCUUCCCGGGCAAGGUGUUGCAUUACCCACCGCUGAAUGCUGCGGCGCCCUGCAACGAGUUGAUCAGAACUGCAUUUGUAACACUCUUCGCAUUGCUGCUCGUAUCCCUAGAGCUUGCAAUCUCCCAGCUCUAACAUGUGGUGAUGCACCAGAGAAAGAUGGAAAAUGGGUAGUACGUGACAAUGAGGGCAAGGUAGCAGGUGUUUCACCUUAG